UGGAUUUAGGGGAGUCGGGCGUCUUCGCCGUCGGCCUAUUCUUGGAGUUGGCGGUGGGGCGCUUCGCCGUUGACCGUGGAGCGCCUGGUAAGGAGGCGCCCGUCGCCGUCACGUUUUUGGUAAACUGAUAGCACCUCCACGAGUGAAAUUUCUAACGUGCCUCUUUAGUCGCUCCGAGACCGUGCGCUGUAACCCGUCGCAUUUUCUCUUCAGUUUUUCCAGGUUUUUUUUUCGUUUGUCGUAAGCGCUCAAAAACACCUCCACCAUGGACGCGAUCAAGAAGAAAAUGCAAGCGAUGAAGCUUGAAAAAGACAACGCUUUGGACCGCGCUGCGCACAACGAACAACUGGCCAAAGACGCUAACCUUAGAGCCGAAAAGGCCGAAGAAGAAGCCCGCUCUUUGCAAAAGAAGAUCCAAGCCAUCGAAAAUGACCUCGAUCAAACCCAAGAGCAGCUUACUCAAGUCAACGGAAAGCUCGAAGAGAAAGAAAAAGCUCUCCAAAACCAGACAACAAAAAACGGUGCAAAAACAAAACAGAAUGAAAAUACUGUGAUAACGAAUAGUGCCUUACCUAGUAGCUCAACAAAUUCAAUAAAUCAAAUGGAAACUGACGAGAAACCAAUGUUUGAUACGUCCCGAAGCUGUGAUAUCGAAGUGAUAGAUGUAGCCAGUAGUGAAGAUGUAACUAAUGUACAGCAAAAUGCAAUUAAAAGUCCAAAAUUACGUAAGCAAUACAAAUCGAAAUCGAGCGCCGAGUCUGCAAUGAAACCUCCGAAAGUCCCUGACGAAGAGUCGACUAGUCUAAGCGAUUGCGAAAUGGAGGAACUGGCAAAGUUGCGGUGCACUUCCGAGCAAACCGAAGUGGUCACCGAAAGGGAGAGACGCAGAAAGAAAAAGUGCUCCGAUUAUCCAGGCUUGGAUUUCGGUUCUGCGUUUGGUUCAGAUACCCUCAUGAAGUUUGCACUUAUCGAGAACGAAUUGCACAACAUUAAGACUAGACAUUUAAUUAGGCAAGGGUCCCUCUUGGACGUGCUCAAGAAGAAAAUGAGGCAAACCAAAGAGGAAAUGGAGAGAUAUAAGGACGAAUGCGAAGAGUUCAACAAGAGACUCCAAGUCGAGAUUAUGAGAAGGGAAGAGGCGGAAUCCGAAGUAGCGGCGCUGAACCGUCGCAUCCAAUUGCUGGAAGAGGAUUUGGAACGUUCCGAGGAACGUUUGGCCACCGCCACAGCCAAACUAGCCGAAGCCUCCGCGGCUGCCGAUGAAAGCGAAAGGAUAUUGAAAGCAUUAGAGAACAAAACAAACAUGGAGGACGAUAGGGUAUCCCAUUUGGAGCAGCAAUUGUCGCAGGCUAAACUAAUAGCGGAAGAAGCAGAUAAAAAAUACGAAGAGGUAUUAGAAAAUCGUUCGCUGGCCGAUGAGGAACGCAUGGACGCGCUGGAAAACCAACUGAAAGAGGCCCGUUUCUUGGCGGAGGAGGCCGAUAAAAAAUACGAUGAGGCCGCCAGGAAAUUGGUACUCAUGGAACACGAUUUGGAAAGAGCGGAAGAGAGGGCGGAUCAAAGCGAAAGCAAAAUUGUGGAACUUGAAGAGGAACUCCGUGUCGUAGGCAACAACCUAAAAUCCCUAGAAGUUUCCGAAGAGAAGGCCAACCAACGUGAAGAAGAAUACAAAAACCAAAUUAAGAACCUCACCACCCGUCUAAAGGAGGCUGAAGCCAGGGCUGAAUUCGCCGAACGUUCAGUGCAGAAACUCCAAAAGGAAGUAGACAGAUUAGAAGACGAAUUGGUGGCGGAGAAGGAACGUUACAAGGAAAUUGGAGACGAUUUGGACACCGCUUUCGUGGAGCUUAUUCUUUAAACGGCGUACUCCUUCGUUUAUCCUCGAUAUUUAUCGUCCUGUAUUCGCGAAUUGCACAGCUUUCCUUUUCAAUGAACGUAUUAAGAGCGACUCAAUUAAUCAAACAUGGUUUUGUUUAGGUAGGAAUACGGGACGCUAUUGUUACCUUUAAUUUGAUCUUGUGUAUGUACUUUUAUUAUAUUUUUAUGUACAUAUUAAUUUCAUUUAAUAUAUCAUUGUGGAUUAAAGGAAA